UUGUGGGAUUGAGGCUGGGUUUCUCCAUAGAGCUGGGGACACUACACAAUGUGUCUCUGGGUCAGGAGGAGGUGGCUGACAUGGGCCCUGCAGAAAGCCUAUCAACACAGACACUGGGUCAUCCUGCAGGUAGGGAACAGCAGACACUGGGUCAUCCUGCAGGUAGGGAACAGCAGACACGGGGUCAUCCUGCAGGUAGGGAACAGCAGACACUGGGUCAUCCUGCAGGUAGGGAACAGCAGACACUGGGUCAUCCUGCAGGUAGGGAACAGCAGACACUGGGUCAUCCUGCAGGUAGGGAACAGCAGACACUGGGUCAUCCUGCAGGUAGGGAACAGCAGACACUGGGUCAUCCUGCAGGUAGGGAACAGCAGACACUGGGUCAUCCUGCAGGUAGGGAACAGCAGACACUGGGUCAUCCUGCAGGUAGGGAACAGCAGACACUGGGUCAUCCUGCAGGUAGGGAACAGCAGACACUGGGUCAUCCUGCAGGUAGGGAACAGCAGACACUGGGUCAUCCUGCAGGUAGGGAACAGCAGACACUGGGUCAUCCUGCAGGUAGGGAACAGCAGACACUGGGUCAUCCUGCAGGUAGGGAACAGCAGACACUGGGUCAUCCUGCAGGUAGGGAACAGCAGACACUGGGUCAUCCUGCAGGUAGGGAACAGCAGACACUGGGUCAUCCUGCAGGUAGGGAACAGCAGACACUGGGUCAUCCUGCAGGUAGGGAACAGCAGACACUGGGUCAUCCUGCAGGUAGGGAACAGCAGACACUGGGUCAUCCUGCAGGUAGGGAACAGCAGACACUGGGUCAUCCUGCAGGUAGGGAACAGCAGACACUGGGUCAUCCUGCAGGUAGGGAACAGCAGACACUGGGUCAUCCUGCAGGUAGGGAACAGCAGACACUGGGUCAUCCUGCAGGUAGGGAACAGCAGACACUGGGUCAUCCUGCAGGUAGGGAACAGCCGACACUGGGUCAUCCUGCAGGUAGGGAACAGCAUUUGUCAGUAUGGAAAAAGUGCACCUGGUGACGCAUUGGUUGCCCACUCUGGAAGCCCUCCUGGAGAGGACCGGGGCGGACACCAUGACUACCGGGUGUUCAUCAGCAGGGAGCCAGCGCCCAGCCCUGACCAGCACGUCAUCCCCAGAGGCAUCCUGGAGGACGCCAUCAAGAUCCCCAACGAGCCACCCAGCGACAUGCACGCCAGUCUGCACGCUGCUAUCCACAGCUUCAACCAGGUCAAAGGGUUCCUCAAGGAGUGA